AUGGGGCGUGUAGCCCUGGACAGUGUCCAGAAAUUUUCAUCUUUACCAGCGUAUCUACCUGUAAAGUAUCAGAUUUCUGGUACGGAGUCCUCAUUUUUCCUUAGAGAAGCCAACCAGGAGUUCAUGAAAAACUCAAGUUUGCAAUCACGUAUGGAAACCUUCUUUACGUACAAAACUAAGAAGAUGCCCAUCAUCAGUGUUAGCUAUGGGCCAUUCUUGGUGGAGCAUGAUGUACCCCAGGAUCUGCUGUUGACUUCCAAUGUUUUUGGGUCCACCAAGCAGUUUACAUUCAACUGGAAGCUGAAAGCUUAUAUCAUGAGUGAAAAAAUCUACUUGACCAGGCCCAAAGUUCAAAUUCUCUUCUACAUUGUGGGAAGAGAUUGGGAUGACUACAGCAUGUCUGAACAGCUACCUUGCAUGCAAGCUUUUGCCUUUUGGGAAACUCUGGGAGUUCGAGGUAGCUGCAGACUGAAGGGAGACCUGGGAUUGUGCGUGGCUAACCUAGAUCUUCAGCCAACUUGGUUUAACCCACCAACAGUUGGCAGUGGCCGUAAGAAAGCAGCUGACCACUCUGAUGGGGUCUCUGUAGAGCUUUAUUACACUGUCCAGCCUGGGGAUGAAAAUGGGGAGUGUAACACUGAAGACGUACGGAAGGGUAAUGCUAUCCGUCCAGGAAAAGAAGGGGCAGGGGAGACCAUGUCCCACUUACAACGCAUUGGGUCUAUCAGUCUCCACCAGGCACCGGAGAGUUCUCAGCUGACUGAGUUAUGGUUGGACAGCAACACUGUCAUCCAGCUGCCAUUGAAGCCCAUCAAACAGGGGGAAGUCGUGAGUGCUUCCGUGGCAGUUGCUAACAAUAUCACAGUGGACCAAUUUAUUCUCAGGGCAAAAGUGAAAAAAGGUGUAAAUAUCCUGAGUGCCAAAGUCAGUGACCCACGGCAGUGGGACGUGACGCAGGAGGUCAGUAAUGGCGGGAAGCAUUCAACCAUUACCGUGAUGUGUCAAAGAAUCAUGCCAAAUUCACAGAGCAGAAGCAAUAAUAAUAAUAAUAAUAUGCUCAACGAAGUUGUGCGACUGAACUUUGAAAUUGCCAGCUUCAGCAGCCUUUCAGGAACACAACCGAUAUCUUGGCAAGUGGAAUAUCCUCAAAAGAAAAUAACAGAGAUGGCCCUUUCUGAAAUUUUCAUUUGCCAAAAGGAUCUAGUGGGGAUCGUCCCAUUAGCAAUGGACACAGACAUCUUGAACACAGCCAUCCUUACUGGGAAGACAGUUGCUGUUCCUGUCAAGGUGAUUUCUGUUGAAGAAAACAGUGUGGUGACAGAUAUCUCAGAAUCAGUGGAAUGCAAGUCUUCUGCUGAGGAUGUGGUUAAAGUGUCUGACAGAUGUGACUAUGUGUUUGUCAAUGGCAAAGAGAUGAAAGGCAAGGUCAAUGCCUUGGUGAACUUCACGUACCAGCAUCUCAGCACCCCCUUGCGGGUUACUGUUUGGGUCCCACGCCUGCCUCUUCAGAUUGACGUUUCGGACACUGAGCUGAGUCAGAUCAAAGGUUGGAGAGUUCCCAUCAUGUCCAACCAGAGACCUACGUGGGACAGUGAUGAUGAGGAUGAAGAUGAGCGGAAGGGAAGAGGCUGCACCCUCCAGUAUCAGCAUGCCAUGGUGCGGGUCCUCACCCAAUUUGUAGCUGAAGAUGCCAGCCCAUCAGGACAACUCUCCUAUUUGUUGGGCUCCAAUUGGCAGGUUGACAUAACAGAUUUGGUGACAGACUUCAUGAAGCUUGAGAAACCUCAUGUGGCCCAAUUACAAGGAGGCAAGGUUCUGGUUGGGCAGGAAGUUGGCAUGACAAUGGUCCAGGUCCUGUCUCCGCUAUCUGACUCCAUCUUGGCUGAGAAGACCGUGAUGGUAUUGGACGACAAGGUGACCAUUACAGAUAUGGGAGUCCAACUAGUAGCUGGGUUAUCCCUCAUUCUUCAGCCCAGUACAGCUAGUCAUCAAGCUUUUAUGGCUACCACCAUUGCACAAGAUUUGCUCCAUACUCACAAACAGGAAGCCAUGGUGAGCUCCUGGAUCCAGUUCAGUGAUGGUGCUGUGACCCCACUAGACAUUUAUGAUCCCAGAGACUUUUCUCUGUCUGCCUCCUCGCUUGAUGAAUCAGUUGUUUCUGCUCAUCAAAGCUCUGCUGUCAAAUGGCCGGUGGUGGCAGCAGAAGGCGAAGGCGAAGGCAUGCUGGUUAAAGUAGAUAUGAUGAUCUCUGAAUCUUGCCAGAAGUCUAAGAGGAAGAGUAUUCUAGCAGUUGGCAAUGGAAGCAUCAAAGUAAAGUUUGGUCAGAACAAUGCCAACCCCCAUGGCCUUGGUGAUUACAUUGCUGGGGAUAUUAAAAAUCAUGCCAGUGACCGGAGGCAGAAAGUGUUUGACCAAGAGCAGCAUGGCCAGGAAGGACAAUAUUAUAGAAGUUCUUCUGCCGAGCGAGAAGAAGGCCCUGAAAGGAAGACUGAUGUGACAGCCAAGUCUACGAUCAAAAGCAAAGUCUUAAAAAGUAUCCCUGAAGGAGAUAAACUUUCAGAUGAAGGUCUACUCCAGAACAUCCCAAUUGACUUCACCAACUUCCCUGCUCAGAUUGAUCUUCCCCAAAGCAAUAAUGGCAUGGAGGACAAUGACCUGGUCCAGACGCCUAGAGGUCUCAGUGACUUGGAGACUGGGAUGUAUGCUCUGUUAGGAGUCUUCUGCCUCGCCAUUCUUGUCUUCCUAAUCAAUUGUGCCACCUUCACAUUGAAGUACCGUCACAAGCAACUUCCCAUGGAAGGGCAGACCUCCAUGAGCCAUUCUCAUGACUGGGUGUGGCUUGGAAAUGAAAUGGAGUUGCUGGACAACCAAGCGGACAUCUCACCUCCACCAGAUGAGUGCACCACAAACAUAGACCAAGGGAUAGGCUUUGAUGCAGGCAAUCAUCUCCUUGAUGGCACACCAAAAAAACUCCUGAGCCAAACCUGUCAGAAAGCUGACUUCGGGGACAAACAAAACAGGGAGCCUUUGCAUUCACCUGCCUCCAAGCGGAAGCGGGUCAAAUUUACUACGUUCACCACCAUCCCUCCAGAUGACGGUUGUCCAACCGUCAAUUCCAUCCUCAAUUGCAACGAAGAUGACAUUAAAUGGGUCUGCCAAGAUAUGGACCUGGGAGAAUCAAAAGAGAUCAGAAACUACAUGGAGAAACUCACAGAUAAAGUGUAG